CCCAAGGUGAAGACGUCAUUAGAACAUGCCAUGACAACAAACAAAAUGGAGACGUUGAAUUCGCGACACGCUGGACGACGUGUGUAAGGGAGAUCGCCGCGAUGGAACCAGUUCUUCCGCCGGAACUGAAUCCGGCUUUAAGACGGAGAAGGGAGUCAAGAUACUACGCCAGACAGAGUUUAAUUCCACACAUAAACUUGAGUGCUCUAAAAUUACCAAGAAUCCAAUCGGGAAAAGGGACAUCUCUCGAGUCUCAAAAAUCUGUACGUAGACUUGACGACGAAAGCGCGUAUUCGGAUAUAGAGAAGCCAAAGUCGAAUUCGAAACAUAACAAGGAAGAUUUUAAUCCGGAUAAGAUCGCUGCUGAAAUCAAAUAUGCGAAAUUACAAGAAAUAUUCGAGAAAGCGGACACUGACGAAGAACCUGGUUUAGAGCCUCAAGAAUUCAGAUGUGCUAUCAAAAAAACUGUGGGGUUCAAUCUCACAGAGGAAGAGAUAGAAACUUUGUUCAUGAAAGUGGAUGCCAACUGUGAUGGAGUUGUAGACUGGGAGGAAUACGUCACGUAUAAUCUUAUGGAAUAUCAGGAAAAGAAUCAAAUGAUCGAGAUGAUGAGAGAGAAACCAUUUCCGGUAGAAACCAGAGAUGUUCCGUCAAGGCAUCGCGACGUCAUAGUUAGAAUAGCAUUUCUCCCAUCUAUACAGAAACGCGCCGUACCACCGGAAACUGUUGAUUAUUCAAACGGUCGAUAUGUCACUCUUAGCAAAGAGGGUAUCCUCAUAUUUUGGACUUUGAAAAUGAAACGCAUACGAAGUUUCAAUACACAUUCAUGUAUGGACCGAGCCACUCAGCCAUGGCUAACGGACAUGGUUUGCAUGUAUAAUGUAAACAUGAUAGCUGUCACAUCCACAGACCGUGACAUCAUCAUCUUCGACCUGCAGGCAAAUAAAUUCAUCAAGCGGUAUCACAUAGUUGGUAUUGAAAACUGCAUCACGACAAUGUACUUCUGGGCUAACAUGCGAGACUUGAACUACGCCGUUCUGCUGUGGGGUGACACUGCUGGAAACACCUUUGCUGUUAAGUUCGACUCUUCCUUACGCGGAGGUCCGUUUGGGGCAGUCGCCGGCAAAGACUUGUAUAAGAAAGUCAGUUUACCGGAAGUGAUUCGAGGAUUUUUCAUUGGCGCGAAAGCAUACAAAUUCAACAGAGUUCACGAUGACUGGGUGUCUCAAAUCGGUUACAUUCCAGAGUUGGACUGUGUUGUGUCGUGUUGUCAAAGUACUAACAAUUCGCUAUACCUUGCAGACAUAGAAAAGAAAAAGAUCUCUACGGUGUUCAAGGUAAACAAAGGGAUUCUGAGUUUUGAUUAUUGCCCGUACAAUAACAUUAUAGUUACCGGCGGGAUGGACUACCUUGUCCGGGUGUGGAACCCGUAUGUCAAUAGCAAGGCUAUUGUCGUACUGAAAGGACACUCCAAACCAAUAACCCACGUGGUCAUUAACUCGUCCAAGAAUCAAAUAAUCAGCAUCGACAAAGGCAAGAGCAUCCGCGUCUAUGACAUGAAAGACCAGACAUGCAUUCAACAACUCAGUGGGCGAGUUGUGAAGCUGGGUCCCUUCCCGAUUUCCACCAUCUGCUUCAAUCCCGUGUCACAGACACUUUUGUUAGGCACGAACCAGAUAGCGAUGCUCGAAAAGCAUUUUGAGGAGGAGAACCGGAUAGAAGUGACGUCACACAAUAAACCAGUGUUCGCAGCUCUUUAUAACAGGACAUUCCGGUUCGUUGUCAGUGCCUGUUACGAGUCGGUUGUUAGCGUAUGGGACGUGAGAACUGGUGAAAAGGUCAUGCAGUUCAUUAACGCGCACAAACAUACAGAGAGAGGUGUCGACAUACCUAUCGAAAUUUCAGCCAUAACAUUUGACGGCCCAGAGAGGCGUCUCAUCACCGGCGCGCGAGACGGUAGCGUUAAAGUCUGGAACUUCAAUAACGGCGCUUGCCUGCAGACUUUCAACAUCCCAGGCGGUCUGGACGUGACAGGUAUCGCGAGCACGCGACAUAGAAUCUACGUCACCGGAUGGAGUCGUGCCGUGUAUGUUUACAUUGAUGGAGGCGGGGAGGAAUUCCGAAAAGAGUGGAAGGUCAAACAUAAUGAGGACAUUAUUUGCAUGUCCUACACGGGACCAAACAUCAUUGCGACAGGAUCUUACGACGGUGAUAUCGUCAUAUGGUCACGUGACACUGGUCAAGCUUAUUGUACAUUGAAUGCGUUUAAGGGCACAAAACCAUCCACAGAAAACAACAAAAAAUUCAAGUAUACGAAGGACGAAGAGGACGAAAACAAAUUUCCAAUGAUAGAGGAAGACGCAUUGUUAUCAGAAGACGCUACCGAUAAACCAAAAUCCAAGCGUUUCUCCAUGAAAGGCAUUAGAGCGGGCGUCGGACUUUUAAGCAAGGUACGCGAGAAUAAUAGUAGAAACGGCAACAGGCUUUCGAAGCAAUUCUGCAGGAUGGAGACACCAUGUGAGCAUCCUCUCCUUCCCCUGUUUGAUGAACAGUUCUACACUCAAACUUCAAACACUGAACAUACUAACAGCCGAAUCGGUUAUGAUGAAAUAUGUAAAAGCUAUGAGGCGGCCGUAGAAAAAAUGAUUUUCUUGGAAAGUCGAGAUAGUUUGGAUAAGGAAACGGCCGUUCUUUUUUGCAGUGGAGCAGAGGGAUGGGUAAGAGCUUGGUCACUACAUCAUGAAGGAGGUCUGUUGGGCCAGUUCAACGCCUCACACAAGGUUGGGGAGGGAGUCCAUGCCAUUGCAACCGACACAGAGAACAAGUAUCUAUUCACUGCUGACACGACAGGAUAUCUAAAAAUCUGGGACAUCACGGAAUACUGCAUCAAAGAUAAACACACGCCAAACCAGCGAGCGGCACGAUGGAAGGAGUUGUUCGAGACCUUCAUAUUUAUGUCGGUAGACGGACAAGACCCAAGAGUACCACCGCCUUGUUUCAACAGCAAAGAUCCGAGACCAGAUGGUAUCCUUAACCGACCGCCACCAUUGAACAGUAAUCCUAGGAGAACAAUACAAUGGCCAUUACUGGUGAAUUCGUUCAAAGCCCACACAAAGGUGGUAAACAGUGUUGUCUUCAUAGACGAAUUUCAGUUCAUUUGUACUUGUAGUGCUGAUUGUUCAAUUCGGAUGUGGACACUUGGCGGCCAAUAUAUCGGAACGUUCGGAGAAAGAUGGGGCCCAUUAAAACCUACUAUGGCGCCAAAGAUACCAGAAAAAGAUUCACGAAUUCCUCGUGAUUUGAAGCGAACUGGAUCUGCUAGAACUUUGAAAGUGCUGAACCAAGGUAAAGCACCUAAAUGGAAAAAUCUUUUGGUGAAAAUGAGAAAAGUGGGAAUGCCACGAGUAGAAACACAGGUUGAGGAACAGGCUGUCCAAGAAGAAGUUCAAUUUCAAGAUGAUUUGGUGGAGAAGAAGCUGAAUUCAAGUACCAUACUAGGAAAAUCGUACAAACGAAAAAUCCGUCACAAGCUUCCACCCUCUCUUCCCAAGAUUAUAGAAACAUAUGCAUCAGUGGCCGUCUUCCAUUCGUUGCCAUUCGUGGAGUUGUCUCCCGUUGACCAGUAUCAACCAACAGAUGACAUGAAAAUCCGAAAGUACGGCGCCAAUGUCCGUGAUAAAUUUCGCGGUGUAAAGCGGAAGGACAAUGCACUUCCUGCUCUUGCCAUGGUGGUCAACAAAAUAACGACCAGUGGCAACAAAGUUGCCGCUCCUCGGUUCCAUGUGAAGCCAAGUCGGGUCAAGAAACUCUACCAUCAAAUGCAAAACAAGAUGUCGGACCCCAACGCAAACUUUACAACAAGUCCAACAGCUUCUGACGUCAAACUUGAACUUUCAAAAACCUCCUUGGAUUCGGAGACGAGUUCGUGAAAUGCUAUUUAUGUUCGUAUAAGACAAACGGUUGUUUCACACGGGGCCUUGUGUUUUCAGCUACUAUUUCAAUGAUACAGGAAUAGCAUUUUAUCGUCUGGUUCCGUAAAAAGAGUCAGACUAUUUGAGGAUAUAACGAAUGUUACCUAGACUAUUACAUUCUUGCUAGAUUUUUUCGAUAUGAGCGUUAUUUUGUUUAACGAUUCAUAGAAAAACAAAGAAACUUAUAACAAAGGAAGAUUACAUUUAAUUUUACACAUCGAAUACAUUUAUUUUAUCUUGUACAUCCUUUUACACACACACACAUAUACAUGUGUAUAUAUGUAGAUAAUUUAGAAAACAUUUAUUUUUGACUUACCAUCUCAUUCCAUUGGGUGAAAUUAUUGUAUUUUUUGUGCGUUAUAU